AUGGGAAGUCAAAUAGAAGCCAUCUCCAAUGUUAUCAAGAAUUUUGAGGGUUCAGUAUUUGUGACUCAACCGGCCAAAUCUGUUGAAUCGUCUUUUUCGAAGUACUUGCCAAAUGCAAAUACUUUGAUAGACUCUAAUGAUCCAUACAGUAUCAUAAAUAACUAUGCAGAGCAUAAGACUACAGGCGAAGAAGAACAAAAUGACGAAAUAAUUACUGUUACCACCAACGGUUCUACAAUUUUCAGAAAUUUGCCAUUCUUAUCUUCAAGAGCAUUCAAGACAAGCAAGAUUGUAUCGCAUGUUGAAUUGCUGAAUUUUGAUUUUUCAAUUGUUUCUGCAUUGAGGGACUUGAAUAUCCCAGUUUUAGUAUCACAAUCUAUUAAUGAGUCGGUUGUAUUCUCUAAAUUGAGUUACAAUUUAAGUGAAAGAUUCGGACAACCAGUAUUCCACUUUUUUGCACCUUCUAACUACCGUACCACUUUGAGCGAAAAGGUGGAUGGUAAGAUAAUCAUUGAUGAUUUAUCCAAGUAUGAAUUUAAUGAUCUUAUAACUAAGUUUGGUGUGUCUCCAUUUGAGGUUGUUGCAGGUAAUUCUAAGGCUCAGCAUUCAAUUGUAUACUUUGGUCAAUUAAGCGAUGAACUUAUUAGUGCUGCUAAAAACGAGAAUGUUUUGUUGGUUUCAAUCAAGGUUUACAAGCCUUUUGAUUUACAAAAUUUAUUAACUAUAAUACCAUCAUCAGUUGAAACUAUUACUUUUGUUUCUCAAACCACUUCCCCAUCGGCUUCGUUUGCUCCUUUAUUAUUAGAUUUUUUCCAAGAGUAUUCAAAGUACCAAACCUUGAAGAACUUCACAAAGGUGGCUGCUGCGUUCUUCGGUUACAUAAAGUCGGAAAAGUAUUCAGAAAUUAUUGCUAACCUUUUGUCUAACAUAAAAUCUGAAUCUCCUGUUCAAAACUUGGCAUUCGGUAAAAUGAAUACAGAAUUAACUACUAAAGCUAGUAAAGAAAGAUAUGGUGAAUCUCUCAAAGCUAUUAGCAAUGUCCGUAACUUAGAACAAGCUUAUUUGAAGAUUUUACAGCAAGUCAACUCCGAUAAUUUAAACAUUUUGAACGAAUUCAAUGCAGAAAAUAUUGGUGUUGAAACCAAUCCUGAAUAUGGUUACGGUGCAUACUUGAACUAUGAAGAACAACAAAAGCAAUUAACGGAUUUGGUUUAUGCAGCUAUUCAAGAGAACACAUUUAAGUCAAUUGAUAACGAAAAAUUGAUCGAUAAUUUGUCUAAAUGGUUAAUCAAUGUUAGAGAAAAUAUUGAAACUACCAAUGAUUCAGUAUUGGAGACUAUUAAAUUAUUAGAAACUGAUACCAAUUCUUCUAAUGCAAAGAACAUUUUAGACUUGAAGGAAUAUUUCAAAGUAAACAAAAACUGGUUGAUAGGUUCGGACGCAUGGUCGUACGAUUUAGGAUCUUCUGGUGUGCACAAUUUGAUCACUUCUAAUAAAAACAUUAACAUGUUGAUUAUCGAUUCUGAGCCUUACGAAGAUAAAUCAAAUGAUAAGACCGUUAAUGGUUUCCGUAAAAAGGAUGUUGGUUUAUAUGCAAUGAACUAUGGUGGUUGUUAUGUUGCAUCUGUCGCUAUUUACUCAUCUUAUACCCAGGUAUUGCAAGCUUUUAUCGAAGCUGAAAAAUUCAACGGUCCUUCAAUUGUUUUAGCUUAUUUACCAUAUCAUAGUGAAUUUGAUAAUACUUUAUCGAUUUUAAAGGAAACUAAGCUUGCAGUUGAUAGUGGAUACUGGCCAUUAUACAGAUACGAUCCAACUAUUGAAAAUGAAUUUGAAUCCUUUAUAUUAGACUCCUCUAAUUUAAGAAAUCAAUUGAAGAACUUCUUGGAUCGUGAAAAUAAAUUGACUUUAUUAGCAAAGAAAGAUCCAUUAUUGUCUAGAAACUUGACUAGUAAUGCUACUACUGAAAUUAAGGCUAAACAACUCAAAGCUGCUAAUGAUUCUUAUAGUAAAUUAUUGCAGGGAUUAUCUGGUCCACCAUUAACAGUUGCUUUUGCAUCUGAUGGUGGUAAUGCAGAGGCUGUUGCCAAGAAGAUCAAUAGACAAGCUCUUGGAAGAGGAUUAAAAUCAAUCGUGUUAGCAAUGGAUGAUAUAUCAAUGGAAGAUUUGCCAAAUGAAACGAAUAUUGUAUUUAUUACGUCAACUUCGGGUCAAGGUGAAUUCCCAACGAACGGUAAACAAUUUUGGGAUGGCUUAAAGAAUUCCAACGAUAUUGAUUUGUCAACUAUCAAAUUCUCCGUUUUCGGUUUAGGUGAUUCUGAAUACUGGCCAAGAAAAGAAGACAAGCAUUAUUACAACAAACCUGGUAAAGAUUUAUUCAAUAAGGUAAAAUUCUACGGUGGUGUCGAAUUAAUCGAUAUUGGUUUAGGUGAUGAUCAAGAUGCCGAUGGCUUCAAUACUGGUUUGAAUGAAUGGGAGCAAAAAUUGUGGAAGGCAUUAGGAGUAGAUAAUGUUGAAGGUGUUGAAGAACCAAAGCCAUUAACUAAUGAAGAUAUGAAAAUUCAAUCUGAUUACUUAAGAGGUACUAUUGUUGAAGGUUUGAAUGAUCAAUCUACUGGAGCUAUCAGCGCUGUUGACCAACAAUUAACUAAGUUUCAUGGUAUUUAUAUGCAAGAUGAUCGUGAUAUCAGAGAAGAACGUAAGAGCAAGGGUAUGGAACCAGCAUAUUCCUUUAUGGUUAGAGUUAGAUUACCAGGUGGUAUUGCUACUCCAUCUCAAUACUUGAGAAUGGAUGAAUUGUCUGAUGAAAGGGGUAAUGGAACCUUGAAAUUGACCACAAGAGCUACCUUUCAACUUCAUGGUGUUGUUAAACACGAUUUGAAGCCAGCAAUUAGAGGUAUGAAUGCCACAUUAAUGGACACUUUAGCAGCCUGUGGUGAUGUCAACAGAAAUGUUAUGGUUUCUGCUUUACCUCACAAUGCAAAGGUUCAUUCACAAGUUUCCCAAACUGGUGCAUUAAUAUCUGAAUAUUUGUUACCUCAAACUACUGCGUAUCACGAAAUUUGGUUACAAGGCGAAGACGACGGUGAUAAGCCAGGAGCAUCCAAGAACUGGGAAAACCGUAAAGAAGGUCCAAAGAAAGAAAAGACGUUAGUGGCAGGUAAUGCUUUGACUGAUUUCGAACCUCAAUACGGUCCAACAUAUUUACCAAGAAAGUUUAAGGUCGUUAUUACUGUCCCACCAUACAAUGAUGUUGAUGUCUAUGCACAUGAUAUUGGUUUGAUUGCUAUCGUCGAAGACAAUGAAGUUCUUGGUUUCAACGUUUUAGCCGGUGGUGGUAUGGGAUCUACUCAUAAUAAUAAAAAGACUUACCCAAGAACUGGGUCUAUGUUUGGUUACGUUCCAAAAGACAAGAUUCAUAUUGCAUGUGAAAAGAUCAUGUUGGUUCAAAGAGACUUUGGUGAUAGAACAAAUAGAAAGCAUGCUAGAUUGAAGUACACCAUUGAUGACUUGGGUGUUGAUGUGUUUAAAGGUAAGGUUGAGGAGUUAUUAGGUUUCAAAUUUGAAGAACCUAAGCCUUUUGAAAUUAAGUCCAAUGUUGAUUAUUUCGGUUGGUGUAAGGACGAAACUGGCGCAAAUCAUUUCACUGCUUUCAUUGAAAAUGGUAGAAUUGAGGACACAGCUGAUUUACCUCAAAAGACCGGUUUAAAGAAAAUCGCAGAAUACUUAAUACAAAACGAAAGACCUGGUGAAUUUAGAUUGACUGGUAACCAGCAUAUUUUACUUUCUAACAUCAGCGAUGAUGAUUUAGAAAAAGUGAAAUCGUUGUUAGCUCAAUACAAAUUAGAUAACACCGACUUCUCUGCUUUAAGAUUGUCUUCAGCAGCAUGUGUUGCCUUCCCAACUUGUGGUUUAGCCAUGGCUGAGUCAGAACGUUACUUACCUGAAUUAAUUACUAAAUUAGAAGAGGCCUUAGAAGACUAUGGAUUAAGACAUGAUUCAGUUGUUAUGAGAAUGACUGGUUGUCCAAAUGGUUGUGCUAGACCAUGGGUUGCCGAAGUCGCAUUGGUCGGUAAAGCUUAUGGUGCCUAUAAUUUAAUGUUGGGUGGUGGUCACCAUGGUGAAAGAUUGAAUAAGAUUUACAGAUAUUCUAUUAAGGAAGAUGAAAUUUUAGAUAUCCUUAAACCAUUGUUCAAGAGAUGGAGUUUAGAAAGAAACGAAGGAGAACCAUUUGGUGAUUUCUGUAUCAGAAUUGGUAUUAUUAAACCAACAACUGAAGGUAAAUUCUUCCAUGAUGAUAUUCCUGAAGAUGCUUAA